AUGAUCGAGAAACAGACUGCCUCUCUUCUGAUUGGAACCACUGGCCUAAUUGCUGUUGCUCUCUGUACAAUUUCUGGCCUGCUAGCACUGUCGGCCCGGCUGUCCAUUAGAAAUCGAGUCGGACAGAUCGCUCUUCAGGAUGUAUAUCAAGAUCAAGACGGAGCUGCUACAGAAGAGUCCACCCAAAAAUUUUCACAAAAAUUUCACUGCGUGUCGUUAAUAUGUCUUUCCAUUACUGGCCUCCUAGUAUCUUUGGCACAGUCUAUCUUGUCAAUUAUUUCGGAGGACCAAUCUCGCAUGAUUGAGCCAUGGCUUCAAUUUUCGAUCUGGGUUUUUGUUGUCCUGAACGCAACUGCGCUUCUUGUUGAACCGUCUCCGAUCAAAAAAUUCAAUAUCGGACUCUAUAUCUCGAUGUCAACCAUCGUUUAUAUAGUGGUUAUUACUGUUCAGAAAUUUUUCGUCUACCCCUACUCUGAUUCUCUCGCUCUGAAGAACGUUCACGACACUCUGAUAUCAGUUCAAUUUGUGGUUGCCUUCGUCUGCUCCUGCAUCUCGGCCCUUCUCCCCCGUCGGCCGGACGUUUUUAGGAACGGGAAGGUUGUGGAUGCCCAGUAUACAACGUCUUGGCUUCGCCGUUUAACCUUUAGCUGGCCCAGCGAAUUGCUCAAAAAUAUACGGCGAACGAGAAAACUGGACGUUGAAUAUCUUCCUGAGCUAGAUUACGGUACUCGUGCCAGAUCUCUUCUCGAAUCGUUCGACCAGACGAAACACAAGUCUCCCCGUCUCUGGAAGGUGUUGGUAAAUAUUUAUCUUUCACCUCUGGUUCUGCAGUUUGUGUUGGUCGUUAUUGCCUCUUUCCUGAAUUUUGCCCCCCAGUUUUGCCUACUUCAUAUCCUUCGCGCACUGGAGGCACGCAGUCGUGGCGAAUGGAAUCCUUCAGAAACGUGGGCAUUUGUCUUCGCUCUGGGAAUGUCGACAGUAAUUUAUUCUACAAUUGAGUCAUGGCUAUACUGGAUCUCGUUCUCGAAACUAUGCAUCCCUGUCUACGAACAGAUAGCGGCGGUAGUAUUUACGAAGGCAAUGCGUCGAAAGAAUGUGAAAGGAAGACAAAUGCCGAGUAGCACAGACGACCAGACCUCAGACCGAAAUAUCAAUCAGCUGGCAAAAGAUGAUACCGAUGACGAAGAUGAUAAUCAGAAGACUAAUCAAGGUACUAUCAACCUUAUCGCCGUUGAUGCAAAGCGAGUUUCCGAUUUUGCUGCUUACAACUAUUUCAUUCCGUCAACCAUUGUUGAACUUGCAACUGCCUUCACAUUCUUGGGGCUUCUGAUAGGUUGGAAAAGUCUUUGCUCGGGACUUUUGGUCUCAGUAGUGGUGACUCCGGUCAAUAUUUACGUCUCAAACAAAUACACGGGGAGCCAAAUUUCUUUGAUGAAACUCCGUGACCAGAAAAUGGCUGUUAUCACUGAAGUCCUUCAUGGAAUCCGCCAAAUUAAGUUUUCGGCUCUCGAGAACCAGUGGCAACGUAAAAUUGGAGACCUGCGGAAGGCGGAGCUGCAUGCCCAGUGGACGGUGUUUCGUUGUGACAUCGUCCUUAUCGGUAUUUGGAUCUUGGGUCCGGUGAUGCUUUCGGCCGUGUCUCUCGGAGUCUAUUAUCUGUUACAUGGCGAGUUAUCCGCAUCGGUUGCCUUUACAACGGUGUCCAUUUUCUCGUCUCUGGAGCUAACACUUGCAAUUCUGCCUGAGCUAAUAACGGAUUUCAUCGAAUGUUGGGUGAGCGCCGAAAGAAUUGAAAAAUACUUGACCUCUGCAGAGAAAGGCCACAAUACACUUCCCUCCGAUAAAAUCUGCUUUGAGAAGGCGACUAUUUCUUGGCCAAUGGAAGACCCCGACGAAACGGAUGGUAGAUUCAGGCUUCAGGACAUCAGUCUAAACUUCCCACCCAAAGGUUUCAGUGUUAUUUCUGGUAAAACGGGAUCUGGUAAAAGCUUGCUCAUCGCAUCUAUCCUUGGCGAAUCUGAUAUCCUGGCCGGCAUUGUUCGCGUUCCGGUAGCUCCACCUCCUGAAGAAACAUUUAACGAAUAUGCGAACAAGGAAAACUGGAUUAUCGACUCAGCAAUUGCCUAUGUGGCUCAAAUACCAUGGAUUGAAAAUGCCACCAUUAAAGAUAAUAUUUUGUUCGGACUUCCAUUCGACCAAGAUAGAUAUCAUCAAGUUCUAUUCGCCUGCGCUUUAGAGAAAGAUCUCGAUAUGUUACCUGAUGGAGAACUCACGGACAUAGGCGCUAAUGGGAUAAAUCUCAGUGGAGGCCAGAAAUGGCGGAUAUCAUUUGCAAGAGCCCUUUAUUCUCGCGCUGGUAUUCUUAUCAUGGAUGAUUUGUUUAGUGCAUUGGAUGCCCACACAGGACGACAUCUUCAUGUACAUGCCCUCACAGGGGAACUUGGUCGAGGGAGAACGCGGAUACUAGUUACUCAUCAUGUGGCUCUGUGCCUUGGUGAAACGGAUUACUCUGUAUACCUUCAAAAUGGCACGGUUGGGCAUGCGGGGACUGUGGAUGAAUUGAGGAGAACUGGAGAGCUAACAGAGAUUUUAGCUGACAAGGCUAAUGAUGCAGCAAGACAAAGUGAUGAAGUUGAGGACGACAUUGAUGCUCUUGAUCCGAGCGAGGCUGGCUUACAGAAAGUUUUAUCUCGUGGAUCCCAGACACAAACAAACGAAGUGACAAGUGACGUUUCUGUUAAAAGAAAACGCGCCCCUGCUAAGUUCCAGCAAGAUGAAUGGCGUGAAACUGGCUCGGUUAAACUGGCUCACUAUAUAACGUAUUUCAAGAGUGGAGGAAGCAUGUGGUAUUGGAUUUUCGUUGCUUUAGCAUUUUUGACUUAUAUUACGCUCACGGUUGGACGAUCAUGGUGGAUAAGUAUUUGGACUCGAUCGUCAAGCGGUUCCGCGACGGAUACCAAACUCUUUGUAAUGAUGCACAUCGUGAAUAAGAGCGAUCCGGAAUCGCCAAAUUCCUCCCUUUUGUUUUACUUGGGAAUUUAUGUUGGAUUAUCCCUCGUAACAUGUGUUCUAGGUCCGCUGAGAUACGGUCUCUUUUUCAAUGCAGCCAUUAACGCUUCUCGUAACCUAUUUGAUCGGCUUACUUACGCCGUGUUGAGAGCACCGCUGCGUUGGCUUGACACGAUACCUGUUGGACGAAUCCUAAACCGCUUUACCGCAGAUUUCAACAUGAUCGAUUCUCGACUAGGUAGUGACUUUAGCUUAAUGCUUUACCACAUCCUUCAGAUCUUUGGCAUUAUGGCUGCCGGAUUGCUUGUCUCGCCUAUCCUUAUCCUGUUCGCCAUUGGUCUCCUUGGGAUUAGUUUAUAUUAUUCACUCUACUACCUUGAUGGCGCUCGGGAAAUCAAACGCUUAGAGAGCAUCGUGAAAAGCCCAGUAUACGAACAAUUUGGGACUGCUCUGACCGGAUUGUCAACAAUCCGCGCCUUUGGAAAGGUCCCAACCUACAUUGACCGAAUGUUCACAAAGAUUGAUCGACAUGCCCAAGCUUUCUGGCAUUUAUGGCUCUUCAACAGAUGGCUUGGUUUCCGCAUGAGUACUAUUGGGUCCGUUUUUGCUGUUACUACUGCAGCACUUGUAGUAUACAUGAAGGGCAUCGAUGCGUCGUUGGCUGGUUUUGCACUCAGUUUUGCUAUGCAAUAUACCAACGCGAUCUCGCAUGGAUUGCGUGAAUAUACGAAUAUUGAACUGAACAUGAACGCCACAGAAAGGGUAAUUGAGUAUUCUGAAAUUGAUACAGAACCUCAAGACGGUUUAAAUGCACCUGCUGCCUGGCCUACUGAAGGUCGACUUGAAGUUUCAGACCUUGUGGUUGCCUAUGCUCCUGACUUGCCUCCAGUCCUCAAAGGUUUAUCGUUCAAGGUAGAAAAAAAUCAGCGCGUUGGCGUUGUGGGCCGUACAGGGGCAGGCAAAUCCUCGCUGACUCUAGCGCUUUUCCGUUUCCUAGAAGCGCGUGGAGGAACUAUUCACGUCGACGGUAUUGAUGUAUCCAAGAUUAAGCUCCACGAUCUCAGAAGUCGGCUUGCCAUCAUACCUCAGGACCCUGUUUUAUUUUCCGGAACGAUCAGGUCAAACCUAGAUCCGUUUGAUGAAUUUAGCGACAGUCAGCUGCGCGACGCUUUAGAACGUGUGCAUCUUGUUUCCAACUCCAUCGACGAAACAGCCACGCCUACUCAGCCCUGCUCAUCCUCAUCGCCUCCUCAAACCAGCACAGGGUCGACCACUCCAACACUAAUCAGUGGAGAGUCCAGCUCAACUGCUGCAGCCACAGCUAACACAAACAUCUUUGACAAGUUAGAGUCCACCAUCUCCGAGGGUGGGCUGAACCUUUCUCAAGGCCAGCGGCAACUCCUCUGCCUUGCCCGUGCAAUUGUUUCACAACCGAAAAUCAUGGUCCUCGAUGAAGCCACAUCAGCGGUUGACAUGGCCACUGACGCGUUAAUCCAGCGUUCCAUCCGCUCUGAGUUUGGACGCAACUCAUCAACAUUACUCGUCAUCGCACAUCGACUCAGCACUAUUGCCGAUUUUGACCGUAUCUUGGUCAUGGAUGCUGGUAAGGCUGUGGAAUUUGGGACACCUAAAGAUUUGAUGAAAAUUGAAAAUGGUGUGUUUAGGGGAUUGGUGGAGGAGAGCGGAGAACGCAAGGUUCUGGAGCAGAUUAUUUUUGAGGGAAUGACAUAG